GGCCUCGCCAAAACCGGGACUCAGUCAGAGUGUACCCGCAGCCAGACUUCAAGAUCACGACACAGAAGACUUUUCCUUCUUCAUACUUGUCUUCCCAGUUCCUCAGACAGUCACACAGACAUGAGGUGCAUGUUUCGCCUGCUGGUGUUGUUUGCGGUGGUGGCGGUCCUGGCCGUGCCGUCUGAGGGCUUGUGGCGGCGGCGCAGGAGGAGACGUGCCCCGCCGCCGCCUCCUCCACCCGUCCACUGUCAGGUCGGGGGGUGGUCGCCCUGGUCCACAUGUUCCAGGUCCUGUCAGGGCGGGACCCAGGCCCGUACCCGCGCCAUUACCCGUCAUGCCGCGCACGGCGGCAGGGCGUGUCCCGGACUCAGCCAAUCACGAGCCUGCAAUCUACAGACUUGUCCCAUCGACUGCAUUGUGGGAACGUUUGGGAACUGGACACGGUGCGACCCCUGCGAGAGGAAGGAGGAGCGGGACCGGCUGGUGAUCAGGCCCAGCCAGUUCAAGGGGCACGGCUGCCCCGCCGACCUGCACGAGACGCGCCCCUGCAUCACCAACGAGCCCUGCCCGCCUAAAGACAGCUGCAGGGAGAACGAGUUCACCUGCCAAAACAAGCGGUGCAUCCCGGAGCUCCAGACGUGUAACGGCGAUAACGACUGCGGAGACUUCUCCGACGAGCGGCGGUGUGAACAGAUCUUUGACGUGUGCGACGGGCAGGACUUCGACGCUAUCCCCAACAUCGAGUUCGCUGGCAGCGGGUAUAACAUCCUGACCGGAGAGGUUGCUGGGAAGGUUCUGGAGAACAGGCUGUACGGAGGCACGUGUAACACUGUCUACAGCGGGGACCACGGCAAGAGCUUCCGCCUGCCCGAAAACCUACAGAACUACCGCUUCCAGGUUCUGGCUGACAACUCCUUCGCCACCACGGCGUACAACAGCGCGGAGGAAUACUACCGCGAGACGAGGAGCAACUCCCAGCGGAACGUCAAGGUGGGCGGGUCGGGCAGCUUCUUCGUGAUCAAGGCGAGCGGCGGCGUGUCGCACAGCCAGUCCCGCAUGACGCACGAAGUCAUCGAGUCCGCGCAGAAAAUAGACUCCAAAUACUUUAAAGUAAUGAACACAGUUGAGCUGGCCCAGUUCAAAAUGCGCAGAAGCGACCUGAACCCAUCCGACAUCUUCCUACGGCGCAUGAAGGACCUACCUGUGUACUACAACUACCUGGACUACAGUUUCCUUAUUGAAGACUUCGGCACGCACUACUUUUCCUCUGGGAGUCUGGGCGGACAGUAUGAGUACGUGUACCGGUACAGUAGAGCCGACCUGUCACACUCUGGUCUGACCGAGGAGGAACAGAAAUCGUGCCUGAGUGCCGAAGCUAAGGCCUCAUUCUUCAGUUUCUCCGGCAGCAGCAGCGGCAGCAGGUGUAAAGAGAACGCGCUUUCCCAGAGGAACAGCGGAAGUUUCACGCUGUCGGCGUCCGAGUCCUUCUCCCACGUGAAGGGCGGCUCCUCUGAAUCUGCCGGCCAGCUGGCCUUCGCCAACGGACCGAACCCGCAGAAGUACGAGGCGUGGAUCCAGGACGUCAAGCGGAACCCCGCCAUCAUCAGCUACGAGAUCACGCCCAUUUCUGAGCUGGUGGUCGGCAUCCCCUACGCGGACAUCAAGCGACGUAACAUGGAGAAGGCUCUGGUGGAGUACCUGCACUUCUACCACUCCUGCAAGUGUAACGCCUGUCAGAACAACGGCCAGGCCAUCAUGAUCGGCACCGAAUGUGUCUGCGUCUGCAAGGCGGGAACUUACGGCGUCUCCUGCGAGCUGGGAACACAGGUUGACAACGUCGGCACUGCUGUUCACGGGAACUGGGCGUGCUGGGGAUCCUGGGCGCCGUGCAGUAAGUCGUGCGGGUCAGGACAGCGGGUCCGCCGCCGAACCUGCAGUAACCCCACCCCCAGGAACAACGGCCAGACCUGCCCCGGUCAGGACUCCGAGACCGAGACCUGUAACUCCCAGCCAUGCCUCACGCAAUGCCAACCGGGGUACUACUCCCGUACAGGGUACGCGCCGUGCCGAGCAUGUCCCCCGGGCGCCUUCCAGACCCUGCCCGGUCAGAAGACCUGCCUAGACUGCCCCCGCGGGAAAACCACCGGCCGCUCCGCAACGGUCCUGUUCGAACACUGUGUUGAAGAUGAAGACCCUGUUGAAACAGACGCCCGUGUCCUGGGCUCUAGCGGUUCAUCUGGAUCGGCGGGAGGGUCAAGAGCAGAGUCCCGGCCAGACAGGCCGAGGUUCUUCGGCUCCAGAGGCACCAAUGCCAGCUAUAGUGACGGGGCGAGUGCGGUAUCCAGCGGCUCAUCAGCUGGUAGAGUAGGGGUUGAAACAGACAGAGUUAGGGACACGAUAAGGAUACCAGUUGAAGAGGACGAUGAUCAAACAGAGCCGCCAUCCGAGCAUCCUCGUCGACACCACCACGGAACGUCUUCGGCAUCCUCCGGAGGCGGUCGGCACGGUGCCGAGGAGGAGCCGGAAAAUACCGACAGAUCUGAUGAGAGAAGCACCGAUGCUCCAACGGAGAGUGGCCCGGAUGUUGGUGGUGCUUUACCAGCUGGUGCUGAUGCUGAAACGUCACCAAUUGCAAGAGGUGAUGAAACGUCAUCAGAAGAUGCUGAAACGUCAUCAGAAGAUGCUGAAACGUCACCAGCCGAUCCUGAUACCGUCAUCUCCGGCAUUCUAGAUACCUGGAGAAACAACGAUGAUGACUACUAUGAUUAUUAGUGAUGAGUCCGGAUUAAUUAUUGCAUGUCAAUAUAUAGAAAUAAGAGCCUGUCUGUGCCACUCACCAAAUAAGCGAGUGUAUUUUAGUCGAAUUAUUAUAGUUCCCCCCUUUUUCCCAACAUUUAUAUGCUUUUCCAAAUGUUUUUACGGUGUAAAAUGAAGCUUGAUUCUUCUCUAAGCAAAGUAAAAUUUAGUUGACUAAGAAGGAUUUCUACCAUGUAUGUUGGUAUACUAUGCAAAGCUUUUUUACGUACAAGGUUGAGAUGUGUAUAUAGAAGGCACUUGGACUUUGUUAAGGCCAUGUUGAUUUGAUUAUAUGGAUGACAUCCGCGCGCGCAUGAAUUUUCGGCCGUUUCCACAAAAAAAAAAAGUUUUCAACCAUACUGUAAAGAGUGCAAAACAGUUGCUAAAUGAGCAAAAAAUAUACCAUAAGUUGCAAGGAAAACAUUUAGAAACCAGAUACCAUUAGAUACCAAUGUCGUAGAAUGCCAAAAUCAAAGGAAAAAAGACAAAAAUGUAAAGAAAUGAAUUCGAAGAGUAGAUUAUUCGCCAUAACAUAUUCUGUGCCAUUUGUUCAACCUUCAUGACCACGUAGAUAUCACAGUGAAAGCAACUUUUGUUUUUGCAAAACUUUUUUUAUUCGCACGCACGCAUCAGUUUUGGGGUUCCCAGAGGAUGUCAUCCAUAUAAUCAAAUCAACAUGGCCUAAGUUUACCGAAAAUUGAAUUGUCUGUUUGACCCAGUGUUACGGUGUAAAUUGCCGAAAGCUUUUCAUAGCUUUUGAAGAUUUUGGGACCAGUGAAAUGUACAUUUAGGAGACUAGAAAUCUUAUAUUCGUCAGAAUACAUUCCAUAUAUCCCGACUUUUUCAAAUACAUGUGUGUUUUUAUUGUACCUAGUAGGAAAUGCUGUUAUCCUUCCCUUUUAUCUAGAGGCAUGGUAUUGUGCCCGGUCAUACUGUGCACGCAAAUAAAGUCAUCAAAUAGAA